AUGAAUACACAUUACUCUGUUGAUCAGGUAAUAUCACUCCACAAACGACAACGGUUUAAAGAAGCAUUCCCGUUAUUCCACCAACUAGCUCUAAAGGGAGAUUCCUUAGCGUGCUAUUACGCAGGUCUUUAUCUUUACGAAGGAGGUUAUGGCGUUGAAAAAAAUGAAAUCGAAGCUCUACAGUUAUUUUAUAAAUCGGCCAUUAGCAAUAAUGUUCUAGGCUGGUAUAUGUACGCUAAUGCCUGUCUCUAUGGAAACUAUUAUUCUCGAAAGGAAGGCCUAAAAUAUUUGAAAAAGUCUGCAGAUGAAAACCAUCCUGAUGCUUUAUACAUGUUAUCUCAGAUUUUUUUGAAUGGAGAACAUGGUUAUGAAAUCGAUAAUGAUAAAUAUGAAGGAUAUUUAACAAAAGCAGCUAACCACGGAUCAGAGAAGGCACAAAAAGAACUUGCAACAUUAAGAAAAGAUAAGAUGUCACGGGACAUAAAAUUUUUGAGGGGACAUCUCAUAUGA